AUGUCCUCCGAGUCUCACCCUACAGAAUCACAGGUGGGGGACUACGCGCUGGAGAAAGAGAUCGGGAAAGGCUCUUUCGCCCAGGUGUAUCUCGCCCAUCAUCAAGCGUCGCCGCAGCAGUUGGUGGCCAUAAAGUCAGUGACUCGAAGCAAGCUCUCCGAGAAACUGCUCGAGAACCUGGAAGGCGAGAUCUCUAUCUUAAAGUCGAUGCGCCAUACCAACAUUGUCGACCUUCGGGAUUGCAUCUACACAGAUGAGCACAUUCAUUUGAUCAUGGAAUUCUGCCCUGGUGGCGACUUGUCCCAAUAUAUCCGAAAGCACGGCAACGUAGCUCCAUGGGAAGGCGAUGCAACGGUCAAUCCACUCGCGGCUGCUCAGCGUGCCAAGUAUCCUCAUCCUGAAGAUGGCGGCCUGAACGAAACUAUGGUUCGUUCCUUCCUGGCUCAGCUCGUGUCGGCCGUGCGGUUUUUGAGAAGCAAAGAUAUUGUGCACCGAGAUAUCAAACCACAAAACCUGCUUCUACAGCUGCCAGACGAGGUAGCUCUCGCUUCAGGCCACCCACGCGAGAUCCCCCAAAUCAAAUUGGCCGACUUCGGCUUUGCGCGCUCCCUUCCAGCGGCAUCGUUGGCCAAAACCUUGUGCGGUUCACCCUUAUACAUGGCCCCUGAAAUCCUCCGAUAUGAGAAAUACGAUGCCAAGGCAGAUUUGUGGUCUGUGGGAGCUGUGCUCUACGAAAUGUCCGUGGGUAAACCUCCCUUCCGUGCAACCAACCAUGUCGAAUUACUGCGUCGCAUUGAGCAAAGCAACGAUCGCAUCAAGUUCCCUGACGAACGAUCUGCUCAGUCACUUGCCAAAGAUGCUAUGCGGCGAAAACUGCAUGGCGAACCUCCUCGACCCCCCGCUCAUCCUGUCGCAGAAGAUAUCAAGUCGUUGAUUCGAUGGUUGCUCAAGCGGCAUCCUGUGGAACGCAUGAGUUUUGAUGAGCUGUUCGCCGAUAAUGUCAUUACGCAAGUACCUUAUACAGGAAGAGCUAUUAUCAAGGACGAAUUGGCUGCGUCUGUUCAUAUUGCACAGCUUCCGCCAGAUAUGCUCUCACCGCCGUCGGCUGCACCUCAAGCAGGACCCGCCUUGGCCACUUCCCUCCCCUCUGAUCCCACACACAUGGACGAAGACGAGCACCCUAAGCCGGACGAUCUGCCCUCCGAUUUAGGUGGUCGUACUUUCAAUACUGCGGUCGGAUUCCAUGCGCCUGCUGCUACCAUUAGCUCCGAAAUGCCUACACAGGACCGACGGUCACCGAAUCCCAGUGCUUUAUCUAGGGCCAUUAGCAAAGCUGGGGAUCGUAUGCAGAUCAAAGGCCAUAAUGGUGCCUAUGCUUCUCCUUCACUGCCCUCUACCUCUCAACCAGGCAAUGCUGACAUUCGCAGUUUGCUCAACAAAGAAGCCAAGCCUAUGUCUAUACCAAGAGGUUCAUCCAUGGCUUCUGCGUCUGCCCCAUCUACCGAUGAUGACUUGAUGCAUUUGUUGCGCAGCCUUGCGAAGAAGGCUUAUGUGCUCAUUGAGUUUGCCGAUUCUAGGUUUGCUGAGCUACAUGCCCCCUCCAUGACAUCUCGCCUUGGGUACUCUCCAGCGGAAAGCAGUCCCAGCUCUGCUACAGGGCAUUUGCAGGAAGUCGCUGCUGCUGAAAGUCUGGCUCUUUAUGUACGGGCUUUGGGCUUUUUGCAACAAGGAUUAGAGGCUAUCAAUGCAUACGUGGAGACGAAGCAAGGUGAACCUUCCCAUGAGAUGCGAAAUUUGGCCCAUUGGUUCAGGUCACGCUUUGAUGAAGCCUACGAACGAUCGUUACAUGCACGUGCUUCCUGUAACGAUUUGCUGCCUGACACGGCGCAGCAUAUGGAUCGCCAGAUCUUUGAUAAGGCUCUGGAUUUGGCUCGCGCAGCUGCACUCGAAGAACUGGAAAGCAACAAGUGUGAACGAGGCUCGUGGGAUUCAACGCAUUGCAUCCUUUUGUAUGAAACUGCCCAUUCUCUGCUGCUUGGCCUACUUGAGCCCAGUGAGGAACAUAUGAGUUUGUCCAUGAAUUCUAUUUCCACGGUGGAGAAGUUCUUGCGCAGUAUCACAAAGCGUCUCGGCGCAUUGAACGUUGCACCCACUGGCGCUGUGAAUAUGGUGGCAUGA